GAGCAGACUUGAAUGCAUGUCCGCCGCAGUGUUUUCUCCACCUCAGCCCACUGCGGCCUAGCCGUUAGCAGAAGCCUCGGGCUUUCCUUAGCCGCCGUCGCUGGCCGGCUGAGGGCACACUCGGCGGCACGAAUUCAGGUCAGAAUCCUGCCUUGAUGUGGUACACAACAUCCAAUGACAAGUAAACGUGUAUACGAAGAAGGAACCAUGGCUUUUGAGGAGAUCAAGGGUAAAGGAGGAAUUGAUGUGGGGAUGGAGGGAGAAAGGGGUCUUGUGGCUGGACGUAGCCAGAGAGAGAAGAGGAGGUCGUACAAGGAUCUGUUAAGGGAGGAGGAGGAGAUUGCUGCCCAGGUACGAAAGUCUUCCAAGAAGCGUCCAAAAGACUCAGAACUUUUUAUGCUGGGAGGAGAGUCACACAAAAAGAAGAAGAAGCAUAGUGAUGACUACUAUUACAGAGACCACGAUGGUUCAGGCCCCCCUCCCCAUAAGAAGAAGCACAAGUCUGCAGACCGCUCCCCGACUCUUUCUUCCCCCUCAUCAUCCCACCCGACAGAUACAGCGAUGGGCCUCCUGCAAGCUAUCACCUCUCCCCUGGCCACAGGUUCGGACCCCAGCCCCCACUUGCACAAGAAACCCUCCUACCCCUCCUUCUCCUCGCACUCUUCGAAGGACCGGAAACGUGAGAGCAGCGGUGGUGGCAGCAGUGGUUCCAAAGGGAGCCACUCCUUCUCGAACUCCCGCCCCAUGUCAUCGUCGUCAUCUUCUUCCAAGAAGCACUCCUCCUCUUCCUCAAAAUCAUCUCUGUUUCACGGUGGUGCUCCCAAAGAGGAGCCCCUGACGUUACGGGAGGCCGACGGGCUGAAGAUGAAGCUCAUCAUGUCGCCAGAGAAGGAGGAAGGAGAGAGCUUCCCAUUCACACCACACUCAUCCAAAGGAACUGUGAAGAAGGAAAAGGACAGAGAGCGGACACAGCUGUCAAAGCCACCAAAGAAGAAGCUGCAGCAGAGUAGAGAUCCACUGCCUGUAGUAGGAAAAGAGGUGGAGGUGGAAGGCCAUUAUGGAGGCGGCAUAGGAGAUGAUAGCUCCUCAUCUGGGGGAGAACUGGAGGCAGGUGAACUGGUUAUAGACGAUUCAUAUACGCACUUGUCAAAAAAGAAGAAGAAGAGCAAGAAAAGCAAAAAGAAAAAGGACAAAGAGAAGGACAGAGACAAGGAUAAAAGUUCGAAGGACAAGAAACACAGCAAAGGAUUCGGAGACUCAUCAAGAAGCCACAGUCACUCCCAUCCCACCGUCACUCACAGUGCCGUUGGCCCAAUGUACGCCAUGGGCACGCCCAUUCCUACACACCACCACCAAGGCAACGACGGAGUGACAGAGAAGAAGAAGAAGAAAGAAGAAAAAGAUCGGGAAAAGCAUGAGAAGGACAAAGAUAAGCCCAAGAAGAAGAACACAACAGCAUAUCAGGUGUUUUGUAAGGAGUACAGGGUCAACAUAAAUGCAGAACAGCCGGGACUUGUGUUUGGUGAGCUAAGCAAAAAGUUGGCAGAGGUGUGGAAAUCCAUGCCAGAGAAAGACAAACUAGUUUGGAGGCAGAAAGCUCAAUAUCUGCAGCACAAACAGAACAAAGCUGAGGCCACCACAGUCAAACACAAAACCUCCAGUGAGAGCAAAAGCAAAGUUGUAGGAACAGCAACAGGGCUGGUGUCUCCAAACAGAACGCCAGGCACUUUGUCCCUGUCCCCGGCUCGAGUCCCAGAUGUUGAUCCCAUUGAUGCAGCGGCUCACCUGCAGCUGUUAGGAGAGUCCCUGUCCCUGAUUGGACAUCGGCUACAGGAAACAGAGGGGAUGGUGGCUGUAUCUGGGAGUCUUUCUGUCCUUCUCGACUCCAUCUUGUGUGCUCUGGGUCCCCUGACGUGUCUCACAGCACAGAUACCACAGUUAAACGGAUGUCCUCGAAAUGUCCUGUCAAACACGUUGGACAACAUCGCCUACAUCAUGCCUGGACUGUGAGUGAAGGACGAUCGUGAACCUCAGAAAGUCAACGGAUUGGACUGGAGGAGUCCUCUACCCUCGAAAGAGCCUCAGACAUUUAAUUUAAGCCACUGCUCGGCGUCUGAAAAUUAGAAUAUUUUUAGUGUCGACAUAUUUUUAAAGUGUAUUUUUUUAAAAACUCUGUUCCCCUUAAUUUUCUAAUUGCUGUAUUUUUAAAUGGAACAUUUUACUGAACACGUUAAUCUCUCUCGGGACGUCGGCGUAGUUUCACUGUUACUGUACAGCGCUCUGUUUUAUGAAUGACUGUGUGUGUUGUGGGACUGUAUUCGUGCGAGUGUUCAUACAGAAACCUUUUAAGUUCGCUUCUUAUCGACAUAAUGUAAGAUAUUUUAGACCUGCUUUCAUUUUACCAUGUAUAAAGUACUUGUUUUUUACAUUUGAUAUUUUACUGUGUAUACAGCAUUUAGACUUCUCAAAGAAAGCGAUAGAACACACCUCUGGGUGCAACCCUGGCAUAAUGAAGAGCAACAAUUCACUGUCUUAGAACUGAACAAGAUGGAAACAUUAAAAUAUCUCUUCCCAAAUUCA